GGAAGAGGAAGCUCAGUAUGAAUUCCAAGGAGUGUUUGAAUCAGGAUGGAUGCUUGGUUGGUGUGGCUCCAUGACCUCCAGGCAUUAAAUGAGAAGUGUCCAGCGAUGAUCUGGUCUGAGGAGCAAGCUGAAGAAGAAAAGAAGCCCAGGGAUGGUGUGACCCCUCUGAGUCACGCCCUUGUGCUUUCUCUUCCAGGCCCUGCGGUGGCCACGCGUGAGGCCUGGUCUUGGGAGCAGUACUUGAAGGAACAGGAGGCCGUGGCAGCGCCCGUUGAGCUGUUUUCCAAGGACCAGUCCUUUCCGGAGCAUGAAAAUGGUUUUCAGGUUGGAAUGAGAUUAGAAGGCAUUGACCCCCGUCAUCCAUCUGUGUUUUGUGUGCUUUCUGUAGCUGAGGUGUGUGGUUACCGUCUAAGACUUCAUUUUGACGGUUAUUUAAGCUGCUAUGAUUUUUGGACUAAUGCUGGUUCCCCUGACAUUCAUCCAGUAGGGUGGUGUGAAAAGACCAAACAUGAAUUACACAUCCCUAAGGGUUAUAGAAAAGAUAAAUUUGUUUGGAUGGAUUACUUGAAGGCCUGCAAAUUGCAAAAUGCUCCCAAGAAAUUAUUCAGAAACAGAAAUUCUAAUGGGCCAAUGCCUAAGGAAUUUCAGGUUGGAAUGAAGCUGGAGGCUGUCGACAGGAAGAACCCUUCCUUGGUGUGUGUGGCAACCGUAGCAGAUAUUGUUGGAGAUCGCUUGCUAGUGCAUUUUGACAAUUGGGAUGAUAGUUACGAUUACUGGUGUGAUGUCAAUAGUCCUUAUGUUCAGCCAGUUGGUUGGUGUCAGGAGCAUGGAAGAACUCUGAUAGCACCCCAAGGUUAUCCUGAGCCAGAAAAAUUUUCCUGGACAGAAUAUCUGGAGGCUACUCGAACUAAUGCAGUACCUGCCAAAGUUUUUAAAAUGCGGUUGCCCCAUGGUUUUCUCCCGAAUAUGAAACUUGAAGUCGUGGAUAAGCGAAACCCCAGGUUAAUUCGUGUUGCUACGAUUAUAGAUGUUGAUGACCAAAGAAUAAAGGUCCAUUUCGAUGGCUGGGACCACAAAUAUGACUACUGGAUGGAUACAGACAGCCCUGACAUUCACCCAAUCGGAUGGUGUGACGUCACAGGUCAUCCCCUGGAAGUGCCACAUCGGGCAAAUGAUGUGAAAAUCCUUCCAGGUCAAGCUGUUUGUCCCACUCCAGGGUGCCGAGGGAUAGGCCAUAUCCGUGGUCCGCGGUAUUCAGGACAUCACAGUGCCUUUGGCUGCCCGUAUUCGGACAUGAACUUGAAAAAGGAGGCAACGCUUCACGAUCGUCUACGAGAACAAACACAGGCAAAUGUGGACUCAGACUCUGUACAUUCAAAAUCGAAAAACCUCUGUAGUUUGAACUUCAAUGGAAAACAUGAAAAAGUGAACAGCCAGUCCAGACUUGUACAGCAGGCAAAGUGUUUGAAAAUCAAAGGAAAAGAAGAUAUUGACUUGGAUAUUCUCUUCAGAGAGCACUUGGCCGCGCGGACGCAGCAGGCCCCGCACCAGUCGGUCUUCAUGUCGUCCUCGUCCGCCCAGCCUUUCCGGGACCUUCCUCUGGGCCGCCAACAGCACCUCAAGCUGCUCCCCGGCGUGGCCGACGUGCAGGCUGGCAAGGUGGCCCGGUGGACGGUGGAUGAGGUGGCUGAGUUCGUACGGUCUCUGCUGGGCUGUGAAGAGCCUGCCAAGUGCUUCAAGAAAGAGCAGAUUGAUGGCAAAGCCUUCCUGCUCCUGACACAGAAGGACAUCGUCCAGGUGAUGAAGAUCAAACUGGGUCCAGCCCUGAAGAUUUACAACUCCAUCCUCAUGUUCAGGAGCUCCCAGGACCUCGCCAGGGAAGGUGCCGUCUCCGGCCAGGAGGGCGGGGGGAACGCUGCACCUGAGGGGCUGCGGCCACCACGCCUUGUUCUCUCCACAGGAGCAUCAGCCACAUGAACUUGAUUUCAGUGUCCCCGUGGUCAUGUCCGGGUUUGAUCUGGACCUUGUAAAGUGGCUGCGGUUUUUAUGUUUGGAGGGUUUGAUGGCUGGUCCAGCACCAGUGACGCAGAGGCCCAGGCACAUGCAGGCUUCUGACCGCCCUCAUCUGGGCUCUGACGUGCUGCAGCGACCAGACCAGAGAAGCCCCCACGCGCGCCUUUAUCCUUCUCCCUCGCCCUGGAGGAGGCCACUUCCCAUUUGCAAGGAUGCAGCUCUCCAGUGGUAGAGUAUCAGGAAAACGGUUUUCACACACACAUUGUUCUGUUUUCACCAGAACGGCUUCUGAGCUGGGCUGCGAUUUGCCCUCCAGGUGCAGUGAGUCUGAGAGAUA